GUUUUCUUUUAUGUGUUUUUGACAGUUCUGAUAAAUAGAAUGAAAUUGAGAAAUUUUCAUUAAUUAAAUUAAAAUGAAAUGAUAAUUAUAUUUAUUUAAAUUUACAAGAGUUAGAAAAACUGAACAUGUAUUUCCCAAUUGGAUGGCCAAAAGCAGUUAACUUGGCUUUGCCUGGCGAAAGUAAUAAUAUUAAACACAUCUGUUUUGAUGCAGUAAAAAUACUUCUGGCCGCAGUAGGAACUGAUUUUCUAGGAGUUUGGUAUGCUAAUCCACUUGUACCUAUUGUAUAUUAUCAAAGAAGUGUGGAAUCAGUGGUAAGCUACGGUGAAAACAAGUUGGUUAUAUGGAAGCCGGAUUCUAGACAAUUAGUAGUUCUAACCACAGGAGGAGUUCUAAUACUGUAUCAAGUUGAUUUUGAUGCUACUGGCAGCGGAAUAUUCCAGCAAGUCGAUCCACCCUUGCAUAGUUUAAAGCGUGAUUCUGCCGAAUUGUUCAUUAAGGAGAAUAUACCAAAAUUAAGCUUGAGAGAAGUUUGUCUCAUACAACUUAGUUCAACGGUGACAACCGUUUGCUGUAUCAGUUUAACAGAGCUACUAGUGGCUACAGAAAAAUGUGAACUUAUGCGUAUACAGUGGUCAGAACUGGAAUCUGAUGAAUUUGGAGGAUCUGAAUCGGUCGCAGGAGCAAUUAAUCUUCGACAAAUCCAGUUCUAUGUUAACCAACAAUGCAACUUGAAAACUAUUCCGCCCGUAAGACCAGAUUCGUACGUUGCAUCUUUGGAAUAUUCUCCAUUCAUAGGUGGAUGCGCUGCCGUUUUUAGUGAUAGAAGAGCAGCAUUUCUAAUUGCGAAUCAUUUACGAUUUGAAGCAGAAAAUAUGCACGGAUUUUGGAUACCAGAAGUAGAAGAUGCCACAGUUUGCAGUGUUAAUCAUAAAUUUCGUCUCCUAGCUUAUGGCAGGACAAACUCAGAUGUAUCAGUUUAUGGUAUUGAGGAUACAACUGGUGGUCUUGAAUUUUCCCAUCGCUUGUCAUUGAAUGCCACGGUAAUGCCAGGGACAUUGGGUGCAGUUAAUGAACUUAAAUGGAGUCCGGAUGGCUGUGUAUUAGUUGUUGCUUGGGAAAAUGGAGGAUUGGCAUUAUGGAGCACAUUUGGCGCAUUAUUAAUGUCAUCGUUUUCAUGGGAUUUUGGUAUUCAUGUAGACUUAAUACAUGACAAUCCAUUAUGUGUCAGUAAAAUGGAAUGGUCUACAGAAGGCUAUCAAUUGUUUCUAACAUGUAAUCCUAAGAAAAAGGAAAAACCUGCGGACGAGCCGUUCAGCAAUGUUUGUCAACUAAGUUUUGUAAAGAGUGCUCUUACAAUGAAUCCUUGCAUGACAUCCCACCCACACAUACUGCUACAAGGCGAUGAUACUUUAUACUUAAAUCAAGGUGAUAAUUUAGAAAAAAUCUAUUUUGGUGGCAAAUUCGUAUUUCCAAAUAACAGAAAUGAAGCGAAUGGAGAAACUGCAGAUAUUAAUCAGCCCGAUGAUGAUUGUAUAGAAAUCAAAAAUACCGUUGAUAUAUCAAGUAUAUUGUCUGAAAGUAAAUAUUGGACUGUAUUGCAAUUGCCCCAAACAUAUGCUGCCACGAAUUGGCCAAUACGUUAUUCGGCUAUAGAUGCUGAAGGGAUUCACUUAGCAGUCGCUGGAAGGACUGGGCUGGCUCACUAUUCGAUGGUAACAAAAAAAUGGAAACUGUUUGGAAACGAGUCUCAAGAAAAAGAUUUUGUUGUGUCCGGAGGCUUACUGUGGUGGAAGGGCUUCAUUGUUUGCGGUUGCUAUUCGUUACUAGAUCGUACGGAUGAAAUACGUUGUUAUCCCGAAGAAUGCAAAUUGGACAACCAAUUUGGGAAUCGUAUUCAAGUGAGAGCUCCAGUUAUAUCUCUCAAUAUGUUUCGGGAUCAAUUGAUUGCACUGACAGCAGAUGGUAUUGUAACACUGUUUGCAAUGCGUAAAUGCGACGCCUAUACCUUGAAGGCUGAUUGUGUUUAUGAGGUGGAUGUCAAGAGUAUAUGUAUACAUCCUGCCUGUAUAGUUUCGUUGACAGUCACCAAUUUACGAAACGAUUUAACUACUAAAGUGCUGGUGUCGCCUGGAAAUAGCGAGGCAGCCGAGACUAUUAUUGUCAAUGUGUGCGGACGCAUUCUUAUGAUUCAAAGAGAUAACAGCAACACAGUUGUAAAUUCUCUUAUGGCAUCGUGUCUGGCUUCAUGUGUUGAGUGCUUUUGGCUAUCGAAUACUGCUCUGGAAUCUAGUCCAAUGAAGGAUUGCCUGUGGUUGUUUUCAGGUGUUCAUGGUAUGCGUGUCUGGUUGCCAAUAUUGCCGCCGUCGAAUGAACAAAAGAGAGAAGCCUCCCAUCGUUUGCACACAUUCAUGUCGAAGCGAAUUAUGCUUUCGUUUCCUUUGAAAUUGUAUCCGUUGGUUAUACUAUUCGAUAAUGUCAUUGUUUUGGGUGUGGAGAACGAAACUACGUUGUAUACGAAUGAAUCGAAUUCGCAUUUUUCAUUGCCAUUUUCACAAUUAGAACGGAAAUCACAAGUGUAUCUGCACAAGAUUCUUAGACAAUUGAUCAAACGUAAUUUGGGCUAUAGUGCAUGGGAAAUAGCUCAGUCAUGCCGUCGUUUACCAUAUUUCCCACACUCCCUGGAGCUUUUGCUUCAUGAGGUUUUGGAAGAAGAGGCUACCAGCAAAGAACCAAUACCAGAUGCUUUGCUUCCAAGUAUAUUGGAUUUUAUAAGAGAGUUUCCUGUAUUCUUACAAACCAUAGUACAAUGUGCACGCAAAACCGAGAUUGCCCUUUGGCCGUACCUUUUUUCGAUGGCCGGCAAACCAAAAGAUUUGUUCCAACAGUGCUUGGAGUCUGAAGAACUCGUGACAGCAGCCAGCUAUUUGAUUAUCUUACAAAACCUUGAACCGUCUAUGAUUAGCAAACAGUAUGCUACUCUUCUGUUGGAAAUUGCUCUGCAACAUCGCAAUUGGGAACUGGCUAAAGAUCUAAUACGUUUUCUAAAGGCAAUUGAUCCAAAUGAAAUCGACUCACCACGCUCCUCAAUGGUAGUGAAUGUGAAAAUUGCGCCACCAUCACAAUCGCAAUCACAGGUUAAUCAGAACCCUGAUGUCUUCAACUUAGUUUUAGGGCCAAUAGCUAGAGAACGAAGUUUUUCAACAACUGUGUUAGCUAACAAUACGUCUAAGGAGAAAAAGGAAAAGAUCUCAGCAGCAAAUUCCAGCUCAAACAAUGAGAGUUCAACUCUAAAUAACACAAGUGGACCAGUAGUUGUAGUACGCCGUAAAUCGGAGCGCAGCAAUUCUACAAAGAAUGAACGACGUGAAACGUUUUGUAUUGAAGCUAUUCUACAUCGACAUGCACGAAAACUUUUGCAGAAUUGUAAAUUGAUAGAUUUGGGCUACAUGAGUGCAUUUUUAGAUUUUCAUUUGGUCUCUUGGCUUUCGCAGGAAGCGGAUAAAACGGGACGUUUGGAAGACUAUGUUACAGCUAUAAUACUUUUGCACGAAGAGUUAAAAUUGCCCACACCCGCUACUUUUUACUCUCCUUCCGAAGAGUCUGAUAACGACUAUAAUCAAAUGCAAAAACGAUUUCAACUGGACAAACAACAGAACUUGCCUCAGGCAUCAAGCCAAACAUCAGAGUCUGGAUAUUUCAGUUUGGCAUUGAUGGACACUCCUACAAGUACGCAAAAUGGCAACAUAACCAUGCAUACAAACAUUCCAGCUAUUAAAGAGAACGAGGAACUGCAGUACUCGUCUUUGUUGCAACCAACGCAACAUAUAGCUCAAAUGACUACUGGUGAUUACAACAAAUCUCGUUCUAACUCGCAAACGUCACUUGACCACAACACCAUGUACAGGCGUUUUUAUUCGCUCAACGAAGAUAUGUCAUCGUCGUCACUAGCACUUGGCCUGAACUGUGCCGAAGUUCAACACAAAAUUGUACCCGAAAAGUUGGCCAUUAAAAUGCGCUAUCUACUCCAGCUGUUUAUAGAGGCCAAUUGUAUUGAUUUUGCGUUAGUUCUCUCAAUUCUGCUUCAAGACGCUGCAUCAAUUGGACGCAUAAUUAAUGUAGUCAUUCGCUCAGAGUCUCUAGCUGCCUGUGGUCGUAUUCAAACAUCACUGAAACAUGUGGCUCAGUGGUCAUUCGACAUUGAAUGUGUUUAUCGUUCAUUUAUGAUUUCGCUGCAACCUCACAUUUACCUCCUAGAUCAAUUCAUUCAGACAUCUGCAGCAUCGUCUGCAACGCCUUCUACAACUGUUUUAGUAAACAAUGCCCAAUCUGGCCUAAACCAGAGUCGCAAUUCGGAUAGCACUGAUCACAAUGACUCCUCAAAAGUUGGGGAACACCAUCAAGUAGAUUCCCUUAAUAAUAUGUUGCAAAGUCACGCUCAUAUCACUCACCACAUCUCAACAAGUGGUAGUAAUAUGAACAAUGGAAAUUGGACAUACGACAAAUACACCGCUGAAGAUAAACGUAAAAUUUUGUCACGUCAAUUAAGCGCUGAAAGUGCUAAUAACUCUUCCACAUCGUUUACGCAGCAAUCUAUGCUUAAUGCUAGACGCUCUUCCUUCCAGCAUCAAAAUUUAGAUCGUAACGAAUCUAGUGGUUGUAUUGUUAUGUAAUUUUGUAUUAAUAUUAUUUUAUAUUUGAUAUUUGUAUGUAUGUAUUCUUGGUUUUACAUCUCUGUAAUUCUUUUUUCUGACCACAUUAUGUAAAUUUGUUCCAUUCGGAUUGAUUUUUCGUUAAUUUUGUACAAUAAUUGUAAGCAAUAUUAGAAUGAUAUUUUAGAACUUUAAAAACUAAAAUCAAUUCUCUUCCUCUAGUAACUUUAAUACAAUAUACAUAGAAAUCUUAUUCACACAAACACACAGACAUGUAAAAUCGCAAUAAUUUAAAGAACAUUUAUUAUAAAAUUAAUUUAAUUAAUUUCUAUAGCUAAUCAAUUAUUAAUCUUAAUUUUUCUGAUUCAUACAACGAUUUUAAAUUUAUCUAUUAAGUAAAACUAAUGAUGUUUUGUUAGUAAAUUAUAUAAAAAUAUGUAUUAGUUUUAAAAACAUAUCGAUGGUUAUAUUCAAUAAGGGUUAUAUGCAAAAUCAAAUUUGUUGAGAAAAGCUAAAAAUAAAAAAAAAUACAUUUUAAUUCACUCGUUAGUAAAUUUUUACCAAAAUAAUCUUCUAUAAUACAAUAAAAAAGAACUUCUAUUAAAUAUAUUAAUAAUAAGCCAUCAAUUAUUAUUUUCUAGCAAAAAAAUAAUAACACUCUGCUACAAAAUAAUACUUUUUGUCAGAACUUGAAAAGCGACCUAAUGGAGGCUGUAGGCCCUAGGUGAGGUUAUACUAAAACCGUUUUCGAAGAUUUUGAAACACCCUCAAAAUUUUGAGUUAUUUUGAAAAAACUAUUUUAGGGUAGGUUGUAGUACUUUUAGUACCUCUAACUCACACACUUUUACACAGAUUUUAAAAUUGUAAACAACUAUGGUAGGCAAAUAACUAAGCUUUCAUAAAUUGCAAAUUAAAGAUUGUACAAAUAUUUUUUUUGAAUAGUUUGUUUUUUUAUGUAUUUAUAUGCGCUGGGGGAGAAAAUACUAAAAAAGGUGUUUGUAAAAAGUUGAAUAACUUUUACAAUUUCCAUCCGAUUUGAAUAAUUAGAACCAUAUUUUUUAAGAACUAAUUUUUCUUUAUACAUUGGUAUAAAUUUUUAUAAGCUUUCAUAUCAGAAUAAGCAAUGAAAAGCGACUAAAAUCAAUUGAUAAAUUUUGUUUUUCUUUUAGAUAUUUUUAACAAAAAUAAUACUUAUAACUUACAAAUGUAUGUAAAUGUAUUUCCAAACCAGUUAAAAAAUGUAUAGUCGGACAAAAACUGACUAAGCUACAGGUCGAUAAGUCGACAAACAUCACUGAAAACGGUUUUUUAGAAUAACUUCUGAAUUUGAGGGUGUUUCUAAAAUUUUUAGACACAAUUUGUAAUGUACUCAGCAAGACCUAUAACCCACGCUAGUUCGUUUUCCAAGUUUUUUUUCCAUUGUAGCACCGUGUAAUUAUAUACCUUUUCGUUUUGAAAAGCGAUUUUCAUCAGUUUCCUGAUAUGAGUUAUUUGUUUCUCAAAAACUUUUUAAGAGAGCGAGAUAAUAAUUUGUGUUCUAUAUGUAACCCUUAUCCUAACAUAAAGUUAGCACUAAUUAUAAUUUUAAAAAUUAUGAAUUAAAACUUUAAUACAAAAUAAA